AUGGAAAAGAUGUUUUCCCUCCGGGCCCACGCGGCGCCAGUGUCUGGUUUCUGCCCCUGGGAAAACCAGCUUGUUUCCGCAGACCGCCUGGGCACAUUGAUAGUGUGGAAUCUCUCCACGCGGCGGCCCGCGGCCCGUUUCCGCGCCCACGAGGGCCAGGUUUUGUCGAUGCAGCCCACGCGCUUCGGCCUUUUGACCCAUGGCCGCGACUCGGCAGUGCGAAUAUGGCCGCCCGGCGCGGCGGAAAACAGCAAGGGCGGCGAUCCCCAUCCCAUCUUUGAAAUGCCCGUCAAUGCCCUCAAUUUCUGCAAUGUGGCGUACAUCGACGGCGCCGACGGCACUGCGCUACUCGCCACGCCUGCCUCGGUGGACUCGGACUGUUUCGAUGUGUACCGGCUCUCGCCCGAUUUUUCGCUCGCGCGCGCGGUGGAAAACCAGGCGCCCAAACAAGAACAAAGAGGAGCGGACCAAAUCGAGGAAAUCGGCGCCCCGCCCGGCCGCGGCGAAGGCAUCAUCAUGCGCUUGGCCUGGGCGGCGCCCGACUUGCUCUAUGUGGGCUAUGAAUCCGGCGCCCUUGCGUCGUUUUCCCUCUCGCCUGAAGGCUGCCGCAUGCUUUGGCUUGCGCGCGCCCACUCGCCGCAUCCCGUCUUGUCGCUUGCGCUUGAAGGCGCGCGGGUAUAUUCUGGCUCGGCAGCGAAAACACUUUUGGUCCACGAGCCGCCGCAUGAGGAGGCGGUCGCAAAACACAACUUGGGCCACUAUGGCGUCCAGUGUUUUGAGAUCUUGCCGCAUCUUUACUUGGCAGGCUUUUGGGACGGUCUGGUGGCCGGGUUCUCGCGCGACUGGCAGCAGCUUUUCAGUCUCGAGCGGCCGCACGAGCAGAUCGAGGCGCCCGAGUCGCCGCUGCGCAAAUCGCUCUGUUUGUUUGUGUGGAGCGCGCCGGCUGCGCCCGAACAGUCGCGCCGCGACCGCCUUCGACUGCGCCGCGCGGCGGGGCGCUUGCUUUUUGUAGGCCACGCCGACGGACUAAUCGUGGCAUACGCUAUCGACGAACUGCUGGAAAAUGGGCUUCUAGAAUCAUAA